AUGGAAACGCCGUCAAACCCCAUUCUUCACCGCGAGGUCAGCGAUGGCACGCUCAUCUCGCAGGUGGUUUACGAAAACGAGUCACUUAAGAUCGAAGUAGAGACGCUGCGCGAAAAGCUCGAAAGCACCGGACUACUAAAUCUGGACAAACUCCGAUGUGAGAAUGAAGCUUUGAAAGGCGAGGUUGGGAAGCUGCGCAUGCAGCUGUCUGAGAGAGCGAGUCAGCUGGCUCUCCAUCGCGCUUCAAACGACCGCUUCUCUAACAUUGACCAGUCGCUGCAUGAACUUCUCGCGCAAGUCCAGACGCAGCGUGCGGAGCUCUCAGAGCUGAAGGAAUCCACGCGCAGAAAAGAUGCGCGCAUCGCACAGAUCACAGCGCAGCUGAAGCAGAGCGAGAAGGCAAUGAAGGACGCAAUGGCACAGGCAACGACAGCAGCGACGCAGAGCGGCGCGCAGGUCGCCGAGCAGGGACGUCUGCAGACUCAAUUGAACCGGACGAAUGAGGAACUAGAGAAGCUGCAGGAAUCAUCGAAGCAGGAGGUCAAGGAGUUGCAGAAUCGGUUGAAGGAGGCUCAAGAGCAGUUGUUGGCGAUGAAGAAAGAGAUAGCCGCCAAGUCUCACAUUUGGGGAAAGCAAGUAUGCUCACAGGACCAAGAAAUCGCAAGUUUGCGCGAGCGCGAGACUAAAGCACAGCAGCAGGUAACCGACUUUCAAGCGAAGAUGCGGACGCUGAUCGCAGAGUGUUCCCAGCUUCGGGAUGUGAAUGCGAACCUUAUUCGGAAGCAUCAGAAUGAAUUGCAGCAACAACAGCAGAAAGCCGCAAUGGCCCUGGCGAGUCGGCGCGUUGACUUGUAUGCACCAGAGGUCCAGGCGCAUGUCGAAAAGGCGGUGAGGCGGGCAACUGAGAGUGUGGAGCGACAGCUUCGCGAGCAGACAGAACACAACGCCACUCUCCUGUCCCGUGUGACACUGCUACAGCAAGAGAGCGAGAGGUCAGUGACGACAAAGGGCAUGUCGCAGCAAGAGGUUCAGUUGAUGAAGGAGUGGGUGAACAUGCGUAGUCGCCGCAACGACGCCCGCUCAACGAUGCAGCGCCGCAUGGCGGAGCUGCUGUCGAACGAGGUGCUGAGCAAGGAAGACAUCGAUACACUGUUGCAGGAGAUGCUUGACUACCAGGAGGAGACAGACCAAGAGAACCGCACCCUGUUGGUUAUCAAGGACAUCGAGUCAGAAGAAAAGGAACGUAAGCUGCGGAUAGAGCUGAAGCGAGUGAAAGGCGAGAACGCGUCACUAAUGAAGCAGCUGCGGCAACUGACCAGGGAGAGUUUACAAAGGGAGCGCGGUAACCCCUCGCCGCCUAGGAACAAUGGUGUCGUCUCUAGUGAGGUCUCCACGCCUGAGGUAGGGUCCUCAACUGUCGCUGGAGCACCCACCGGUGGCGCGGGAUCCUCAACGUCUCGGGAAAACGAGCAGGGCCGCAACAGCCGCAGCUCCUGA